CUUUAAGAGACAAAUAUGUUACAUAUCUAAAUGAAUUAAGUUACAGAGGUCUUAGUGUAUCCAAGAAAUUAAUUAAUAACUCAACAAAAAAAAAAAAAAAAAACAUUUAACAAUUGGGAAAACGUAAGCAGACCAUUGAAUGACAUCAUUAAACAGAAACCUGCCCAUUUUUCACAGUUGUUUUUUUUUUUUAAGUACUAUACAUGUUAUUUCUUAACUCUUGUGUUUUGUUAAAUGGACAAGACCCUUUUAAUUGCUCAAAAAAACAUCCUCAACAAAAGUAUCAGGGUGAUCCUUCUUGACUUUUCCAAAUCUUAUGAAAACUAACAGGAAGAGUUUAUGCAAAAAUGAAAAUUCUCUCAUUAUUUACUCAACCUCAUGCCAUCCCAGAUGUAUAAAUUUACUAGAUUUUUAGAGGAAACUUUCAGCUCUGUAGGUCCCGACAAAUCAAUGGUGACUAAAACUUUGAAGCUCCAAAAAGAACAUAAAUGCAGCAUAAAAGUAAGCCAUAUGACUCCAGUGGUUUAAACAAUGUCCUCAGAAGUGAUCCAAUCGGUUUUGGGUUAGAACAAACUUUUUGCUGAACAUGUUGCCAUUGCACAAUCAAGCUCGAUUCCACUUCCUAGUGUUUGACAUGCACAGAGCACUAGAUGGCACUGUAGGAAGUGUAAUCGAGCUUGAAAUCAUGAUCGCGAAGGAGACUGCUGAUGACAAGAUUUAUACAUGAAAAAGGAAAUAUAUUUUGGUCAGUUCUCACCCAAAACUGACUGGAUUGCUUCAGAAGACAUUGAUUAAACCACUGGAGUCAUAUGGAUUACUUUUAUGCUGACUUUGUGCUUUUUAAAGUUUUGGCCACCAUUCACUUGCAUUGUAUGGGCCUACAGAGCAUAGAUAUUCUUCUAAAAAUCUUUGUGUUCAGCUGAAGAAAGAAAGUUGUACACAUCUGGGAUGACAUGAGUGUGAGUAAAUCAUGAGAGAAUUUUCAUUUUUGGGUGAACUAUUCCUUUAAUAUAAAUAAACUUCCAACUUGAUAACAUGCUUGUCUGUCAGAAUAAAACAUAAGUAAAUGCAAUUAAUUCACUCCUGCCGCUUGUUUAUCUAAAUUUGUUUUAUUGUUUUUUUUUUCUGAAAUGUGGUUUAGCUGAAACACAGGCAAUGUUACUCUGUUGGAUCACAUUUCUGAAAGGUGUGAUACUUUGUGAUUCAACAAAAGGUUAAAAUGUGUAUCUUAAUAAAACUCAAAAAACUUGUGCCUACUGGGGUUUGAGAUGAUCAGAGGAACAUGUUCAAAACAACUGAAGAGGUUCAUUUCUAAAUUACAAUUAUUAUCUGUUUUUUCCAUCACUGAGGUAAAAACAAAGACAGUAAACUCAAUCUCAGAACACUAGGGCUGAUAACAGCUUAACAUGGUUGUUUCCAGUUUCCACGUGUGAUUAAAACGACCAAAUCGUCCACAAUGCUGGCCUACACUAUUGUUUGAGAACAAACAAUUCCUCAUUCAGCCACAUUCAUAAUGUCGUCGCGAUUUGAGUUGGUUGAUGCUGUUGUUGUUUUUUAUAUAUUCUGCACAAGUGCGUCAUUCUAAAAACAAAGCAUUUGGUCGCUCGACGUAAACGCACAAUAUAAACAUUGAGCGCGAGAAGAAGAGCGAGCCCUGUGUGCGCUGACGUCACAACCCCCCCGCCCGCGCGCGAGCGAGAUGUGUUGGAAUGCUUGAGUCUCCGCACUUCCUUGACCGACUUAAGAGUUUGGAAACAACUCCGCCAGAAGCUUGUUUCUACACCAGCAUCGCCAAACAGCGAGUGAACACUGUCGCUGGUUGAGCAUGUCUGCUCAGACAGUGUAUCCAGCAACAGCUGGUAUCUUCAUGCCUUCUGUAGGAAUCCCACUGCCAGAGGAGGGCCAUGACCUCCCCGAGAUGUCUCGAAAUGACGUGGCCGCCCCUCAGCUAGUGAUGCUGGCUAACGUGGUGGUAGCAUCAGAGACGUCUCCCUCUGAAUGUUAUGCAGAGGAUAUACAAAUGGUUGAACUCACGACUGUUGGAUGCAACAGCUACUCUGACAGCGAGGAAGAGGGUAUUAUCAGAUACAGCUUUGACAACUCAGAGAUGACUGAAGAUACAUACGCAGAACAGGCCACUUGGGUAGAGCCAGAGGUGACGGAAAGAGUGCUGGAGCAGAGUGCCACAAGAGUGGAGCGAGCAGAAAACAGCACAAAACCUUCUGAAAAAUCCCCAUCUGAAUCCUCAGCUGCAGAGAAACGUAAGUGUGACCCAGUCUGCAUCUUUGAAUGCAACAAAAAGAAGAAGACGAAGCCCUUAUUCUGUAAACCUUGCAUGUACCGGGCCGAUUGCGAGGAGGACUUCAUUCACCAUCUUGGAGCUCACAGCUCCAAGAAAAUGAGUGAGAAGAAUGGCACGGCAGACUCCAACGACGAUCAGGCUUGUGAGUCAGGCCAGUCGCCGACAGAAAGCCAAGAGAACAGUGAAAGUUUGAUGAACUACAAAGGUGUGAUCAGCUGUGAUCGCUGUGGAUACAACACCAACCGUUACGACCACUAUGUAGCCCACCUUAAGCAUCACACUAAGGAAGGUGAAGAUCAGAGAGUUUUCAAGUGCACCAUUUGCACUUAUACAACCAUCAGUCAGUACCACUGGAAAAAACACUUGAGGAAUCACUUUCCAAGCAAGCUUUUCACCUGCAACCAGUGCUCAUAUUUUUCUGAUCGCAAAAAUAACUACAUACAGCACAUCCGAACCCACACUGGUGAGCGUCCAUUCAAGUGCAUAUACUGUGAAUAUUCCAGUUCACAAAAAACGCACCUUACCAGACACAUGAGAACCCAUUCAGGUGAGAGGCCUUUCAAAUGUGACAAUUGCAGCUACCUGGCAGCCAACCAGCACGAGGUUACCCGCCAUGCCAGACAGGUCCACAAUGGGCCCAAGCCCCUAAGCUGUCCUUACUGCCAGUAUAAGACAGCCGACCGCAGCAACUUUAAAAAGCACGUUGAGCUCCAUGUUAACCCUCGCCAGUUUCUUUGCCCGGUCUGCAAGUAUGCUGCAUCUAAGAAGUGCAACUUGCAGUACCACAUCAAGUCCAGACACCCAGGAUACUCUGAUGUGGACGUGUCUAAAGUCAAGCUGCGUGUGAAGAAGCCUGAUGCUGAUGACCUCCCGGCAAAUAAGAAUAAUAAGCUUGUGAUGAAUCAGGUUGGAGGGAGACGAAGUGAGGAAGAACAAUCAGAUGAAUUGGAUGAAACUGAAUCAGGUCCCAUCAACCUCUCUAAGACACCCAGUAAACCCACCCCUGCUCUGGAGACAGAACUGACUGACAAGACUUCAAAGAAAUCUGCAGACGUCAUUGAAAAGCCAAUCCAACAACCCAAAGAGAAAACCGCAGAGAAAAAGUCCAUUUUGAAAAAUGAGGGGAAAGAUAAAAACAGCAAGAAGGUUAAAGCAAAAACUUUGGAGAAAGUUGCAGACAUCACCGUGACCCAAACCGAGGGUUGCACUGACAAAAAAGACAAUAAAAAGGAGAAAGAGAUGAAAAAGACUGAGAAAUCCCCCAAAUCUAUGGAGAAAGUUUCAAAGGGCCGUUCAAAGAAAGAGAAGCCAUUGAAGGAGUCCGCAAAUGAAAUAACUGCUCAUCAUUACCUUGUUGCAAAGGAGCAAAAGUUGGAAUUGGUUAGACAGGUGAACGAAAGAGUGGAGAAGGACCUUCUAGAUAAUAAACAGCAGCAAAAACAGGAUGAGGAGGAGGAAAGACAAAGGGUAGAAAAGGAAAACCAACUGCAGAAUGAGAAAGUGAAGGAGACUGAAGAAAGCACAAAGGACUGCAAGAAAUAUUCAACGAAGAAACCCUACAAGAGGCAGACAAAAUCAACAAAGAUCAAAAGUGGAAAAGAUACUCUGAGUACAGAGAAAUUCCAAGAGGUCAAGACUAACCCAGUCAAAAGAAAAGCAGUGGCUAUGAAUGUACCAGGGGCUGAAACCUCAGAACAGAACUGUCCCUCCAAGCGGAUCAAGAGCAAGCGAAAAGACAAAACCAAGCCAUCGCCUGGUUCAACGGGUUCUCCACAGAGCAAUCGCACCAUACCUGAGGUUCUAAAGGCCAUGAAGAGCAAAAGCAAGAACUUGGGAAUGAGUGCAAACAAACCUAAGAGUUGCGUCAAUGAACCUGAGAAGACCAGUGCAAAUGUUGAUGGCAAUGCAGGCCCAGAGAAUGCAAGCACCCCACAGAUUGAAGAACUGCCCACCUCAGAACCAGUGAAGGUACCUGAACAACCAGACCAGCAGAUUCCGACCGUGGUGACCUGCCAAGAUGAGGGAGUUCGCAAAGAGACCAGCACUGUUGAGGAGGAACCCACAGUUGGAGUAACACCUCUGAACCAACACCAGGAUCCAGAGCCAGAAUUGCAGAAUGAAAUGGAAGGAAAGACCUCAGCUGAACCAAAGGAAGUUUUAGAGGUGGACAGCGGAAGUGAGAUGCCGUCACCUACUGACAGUGAGACCUCUCCAGGAUUUAGCCAACAGCAGCCCAUUUUAAGCCCAACUCUAGAACUUCCUGGUCCACCUCGUCUCAAAUCCACCGACGCAGAAGAUGACGAGGGUAUCCAUAGUAAUGAUGGGGGAAGUGAGAUCAGUGAUAGCGCAUCUGAAGGAAGCUAUGACUCUGGUCUCAACGGCCUGGCUGCUGCCACAAAUGGAGAGAAACUUCCUGAAACUCCUUCAGAGGAGCUUCCAUCUCCAACCAAACUGCUCAGUCACACGUGCAUCUUCUGUGACCGUACAUUCUCUUUGGAGAUGGACUACCGUCGUCACCUGAAUCGCCAUCUUGUAAAUGUGUAUUACUUGGAGGGUGCAACUCAGGGUAAAAAGUGAGGGGGAACUUAUUGGACAAUGCCAACAAUUUGACUCUUUUGUAUCAAAGACAAUUUAUGAGCAAGUUUUUCUAAGCCUUUUCACUUCUGGAGUGAACAAAGUUGUGUAAGUUGUAAAAAUGUGAGGUGGGCUUGGUGGAAAUUCUUAUUGUUGGCUUUGCAAUGCACAGCUACUCCAGAUGCUAACUCUCUAUGAUUUCCAGUGUUUAGCUUAAAGAAAUGUACUGGGUUCAAUAAAGUUAAGCUCAAUCGACUGGAUCUGUGGCAUAAUGUUGAUUAGCACAGAAAAUUAUUUCAACUGGUCCCUCGUUUAUGUAAACGAAAAGUAAAAAUCUGGGUUACCGCGUGGCACUUACAGUGGAAUCCGUAAAUGUUAAAAUACUUGCCGUUUCAAAAGUAUAGCCACAAGAUGUAAACGUUACAUGAAUUUACCAGCAUGACUGCAGUUACUAGAUUAUAAGGUUUACCAGUGUUAUGUUUUUAUCACAUUAAAAUCACGUUAGCACAUAUAAUGUUUACAUCUUGUGGCUUUACUUUUGAAACUGUGUAUUUAAAUGUUUAUAGUCAGGCCCCAUUUGCUUCCAUUGAAGUGCCUUACUGUAACAACCGCAAUUUCUUUUCUUUUUUUUUUUUUAAAAUAAACUAGGGACAAGUUGAAAAUAUUUUCUGUGGUAAAACAUCAUGCCGCUAAUGCUGUUGAUUGAGCUUUACUUGUAUUGAAACGCUCCUUUAAUGACAUUAUAUAUUGAUUCAUAUCACAGUAUUCCUUCAGUUAGCAUAUGGCUACCGUAAUUCCUGAAUAUUUUUUUUUUAAGAUAGUGGCAGAGUUAUACUCUGUUUAUGUACUUAUAACAAGACUUAUGAAUUGUCCAUUUGAUCACAAACUAACUGAAUCUUCGCUUAGUGUUGGUAUCUUUGACAAAAUGAUCAUCAACAGAUUGUUCCUGCGUUUAUCGUCACACUACUCGGAAGCAACAAAAGGAGGGCCACUCUGAAAGGAAGUACACUUUCUCCCUCCAUCCCUGCAGAGAACCGAGAUUAGUCAGACCCAGACCCAACAGUACAGAUGAUAAUGGGCCUUUCAGUGUCUUUGUGCCGUUCCACUCCACUGAAGCGCCUCCAUCUCUGGUCAGCAAGAGCUGAAGUGUGUCUAAAGCUAGCUAAUGUCAUCGUAUUCUUUGUAGCCUUUUACAGUUUAGAGUGCACUUGACAACUAACCAUAAACUUACAUUUGAAGUUCUGUUUCACAUAAGCUAAACAUUUCAUUUUAACAGUACAAUUUUCACACUUUGAUUAAACUCUUCUGCCUUUCAAGGAGAGUAACAAAUAGGAUUGUACAGUUUAAGAGAGUAGAAGGGAAAAGUCAUUGUACAUUUCCUUUCAGGGUUUAUAUACAUUUAUAAUUUGUCUUUAACACUGAGAAUCUCACCUCUCGUAGAUUAUUCUUUCUCUGUACAGCUUCUGAUAAGAUUUCAAUUUCAAG